UACAGGUCGAUAGCAGCGCAACUUCUCUUCAUUUCCCCCCGUGUGCUCCACUGGAGCGCCCGCAGGCAAACUACAUAGACGGCGGGGAAGUCUAGCUGGCAUCCGGAUCUGUACCGGCCGGGUACGAACAAAUCCAGAUUGUCGCUUCCUCAAGUGUUUUUGUCACGGAAAUGGUUCACCUGAAGUUUUCCUUCGGACGGUGAAAGUUUGUAGUUGGGGAGGAAGGACGCAGAAGGGAGACGCUUCAAAUGGAGAGAGGCUGGAGUUAAAUCAGCCCAUCUGGAUCAUUAAAGUUAAACAAGGGUGAAGUGGUAUGUCAAACCGUGACUCACUGGGGUUUGGGGACCUGAUUCCCCAGGAUGUGGUUGAGAUUUUUGCCCAGGAGAAGCACAACAAAAGGGGUCGGAAGAAGCGCAGUCACUCCCUGGGCAGGGCUCUGGGCUGGCUGAAAGGCAAGAAGAGGAAGGAUCUCCGUGUUAAUGGGCAGAGCCUGGGCCUAGGUCCUGCGCUUGACUUGGCCUUGGAUGGGCACCCUGCUGGGCAUCAGGGUGGACACAAGGGAGGACAGAAGUCAGGAAAGCAGAGCCAUCCACAGGGAAACAGUCAUGCCGUCCCAAAGCGAGAUGAUGAUGACAAGACCCCUGCACCCCCAUUGCUGCAGGAGAACGUGUUCAUUGAGGCCAGCAGGCCAAAGUACUUGGAGGACCUCCACACGGAGGCCCUGGAAGGAUUGAAAAUGAUGCAGCAAGAAGAAACCAAUAAUGGAGUGGUGUACCAAGAUAACGAAAGCACAGUUUCCGCAAUGACAGUCCAAACAGAAGGUGAUGGUGAAGGGUUUAUGACAGACAGCACUGUUGCUGAUACAUCUUCGGUUGUCUCAGUACAAUCAUCUGUGUCCACAAGAUCCUCCCGCUCUGGACUCACCAGGCAAGGAUCAACAUUCAGGCCCUUAAACUCUGGGAAAAAGUCAGAAAAGGCCAAGACAAGAAGACGACACAGGAAGACUGUUGGGGGUAUCCCACAGCAUGUCCAGAGAGAGCUGGGUCUGGACAGAGUGGGCUGGACAGCGUCUUCGAAGUUAGAAGAGGAACAGCUUUUUAAUGGUGAGACUGAUGACAGCAUGACCAUUGAUGAGCCACAGCUGGCAGCAGAGUCCCAAAAAGAAGCCAGUCCCAGCUUUCGGGUUACAAAAGUCAUCCAGCCCAUCAGAAAACACCAAGAUGAGCAGCUUUGUGCCACCCAUGCUAGUCAUAAGGAUGACUUGGCCCUGCUGCAUCGCUUGGGCCCUGACUUGUCAGGUGGGCAGAGGCCUCGGUCCCUGGCUGUUCCCUGGAUGACUACUGCCAACAGCCUCCAGCAGGAGCCACCCAGCCCCGUCAUGUCAAUGUCUCCCCAGGCUGCUUACAUGUCCAAAAUCAUUCCCAAUGCUGUGUUGCCACCCUCCAUCGAGGUGGUGGAAAUCAGUCGUGGGCGGAGCCGCAGCAGCGUCCGCACUGUCAGCAAGACCAGCCUGCUGCUGUCCAGCCCGGCUCCCUCCCGUGCUUCCACCAGAUCAACUUCCUCGAGAUCCUCGAACAUCACCUCCGCUUCUCAAUACAAUGCCUCCCAUCUGUCUGAUAGCUCUUGUUGGAGCAACUCUGAGUCCUCAGAGACCUUGGUAUCUGACUCAUCAACCAUCUCCAGCAGCAGCACCCCUAGACAGAAGAGGUCGCAAGAUGGAGAUGCUUCUGGUAAGGAAGACAAAGUCAGUGUUCGCUCCUCCAUCAGCAAGGCUUCAACAUGCACCUCCAAUGGCAAGCUCAUUAGUAAGGGAGACAAGGCUAAAAAUGAGGGGCCCUUUGUGCGUAGCCUCUCUGUCAUGAAGCCCAAGCGGGCUCCUCCUCCUCCAAACCGCUCCUAUUCCCUUCACAAUAAGCUGAAGCGACGCUCACGGGAUCUGGCAGAAGUUAGGACCAAUUCAGGGGAAUCCUCUCUCCAUAACGUCUCAGGUGAGGAAAAUGAAAAAAACAAACCUGGACCUUCUCCUUUGUCUUUGAGGAUCAUGGACAGUCCAGACUACAAUGCUGACACUAGCUCUCUGGAUGACUCUACAGGCUCUGGGUCAUUCAGUCCAUUUAAAUCCCAGCUGCAGGCAGUGAAGACAGAAAAAGCUGCAAAAGUAGAAGAAUCUAAAGAUGCUACAAAAGAGAAGCAGGAACCACUUCAGGAGAAUAAGCUAAGCAAAAUGAUCUCCCCGUCCAGUGGCUACUCAAGUCAAGAUUGCACAUCCCCACAGCUUUCUAAACAGCCCCACAGCUCAUCUCCAAGGCACAAGAGAGGCAUUUUAGCCAAGCUUCAAAGGUUAUUUCCUGGAUCCACUCCUGCUGGUUCAGCUCCAUCCCCUCUCACAGAGCCACAGGCCUCUGAAGACACAAAAUCCACUGCUGAUGCUUCACUUGACACUGUCAGUGUUAACCCCUCUGUACAGGCGUUGAAAGAGCUAUUUAAUAUCCCUCCGCCACCUAAAGUACAUGCACCUCCUCCUCCUCCCCCAGAGGUAUGGGCUCACAAUAAGCGUACCUUUGAGUUGCUGCUGGGACCCCCAGCACCUGAUAACACUUACGCCAUCAUAAAGAAGAAUCCUAAGGACAGGCGACAACAAAGGCAGUCUCCCUCUGCAUCUGCAGAGGGCUCUGUGAAAACAAAGAAAGUUCAAGAAAGUGAGUUUUUGAAUGUAGAGAUUCUCAAAGAGAACAAUGAAAGACUGGCUGAGCAGAAUGAUUUGAAAGGAAGUAGCAAAGUGACAGAAAAAGAUGAAACAGUAAGAGUAAGUGAGAAAUUAAAUGGCAUGUUAGCUAAGGCUGUAGAGAAACGUGGAGAAAGGCUGGCAGCAAUGAAGGAAGAAGAAGCAAAGAAGACAUCUACACAAGCAACAGAAGGAAAGACUAACACUGAUACAUUACCCACCAUUUCAUUAGUACACAUUUCUCCAUCUCCCUCUUCACCUCCAGUGCAAGCUGUUGUGUCCCCUGAGUCAUCCUGGCCCCCACCACCUCCAGCAAUAGACCAAGCGGGUCCAUUGCUUAAUGGGCCUGAUGACAUAGAUUUCCCAUGCCCACCUCCCCCGUUAUUUUAUGAGGAAAGGUUAGUUAUGGCUGUGCAGGUGCCACCAGAGAAGUCCAUUCCUAGUACAGUACACAGUGAGCAGGUUAACUCCUCUUGCCCAACUACGUCUGUUGUACCAGUUGUGAAAACAGAUUGUGUUAAUGUGACCACAGAGGUUGAAACAUUGAAGCCUAGUUCAUCCCAGGGGAUUGCAUCACCACCCCUUAAUAUCCCUCCUCCACCACCCUAUACAGCUCCCCCUCCACCAGUUAAAGAAGUCUCUCCUCCCACGAGUAAAGAGGUCAUUUUUUCCCCACCCAAAGAGUUUUCUCCUCCACCACCUGAAGAAAUUGCUCCUCUACCACUUAAAGAGGUUUCUCCUCCGCCCCCUGAAGAAGUCUCUCCUCUGCCACCUAAAGAGGUUUCUCCUCCACCACCUGAAGAAGUCUCUCCUCUGCCACCUAAAGAGGUUUCUCCUCCACCACCUGAAGAAGUCUCUCCUCUGCCACCUAAACAGGUUUCUCCUGUGCCACCUAAAGAUAUAUCUCCUCCACCACCCAUAAAGGUUUCUCCUGAGAUGCCUAAAGAGUCUUCUCCUCCCCUGGUACAAGUCAUUCCUCCUCCUGUCACGGGUGUCUCCCCCACAUUAGUUAAUGUGGUAUCUCCUCCACCAGUUAAAGAGGUCUCUCCUCCUCUGGUUAUCAAGGACUCCGUUUUGCCUGCUGAAGAAUUUGCUCCUCCAUCUUGUCAAAAAAAUGUACCUCAAACUUUGGAAGAAGCAGCACCUGAAAGCAAACUUCCUCAACCACAAAGUAUUUCACCUCCACUGCCCACUGAACCUGUGACUUCCCUUCAGUCACAACCCCAGUCAACAGAGCAAAAAAAUGAUGUUCCCCUUGAGAGCAUCUCAUCUGAAUCUGAAACUAACCCUGUUUCCUGUACCAGUAUUCUCACUCCCCCUCAGAGUAUUCCACCUCCGCCUCCCUCAGAGUUUCUCCCUCAGUCUCAGGUUACAUCCCAGAACACUGUUGGUCCAGCAACCCAGGAGGCCUCCCUUUCAUUACCACAUGAAGCCUCCAUCCCACCAGCUCUUGAAACCACUCCUCCUCCAUCUGCAAAUAUUUCUUCACCUCCACCUCUUCCUGCGCAGGAUCUUGCCAGCAUCGAGCCUAGCCCAGCAGGUACAGAAAACCAAAGCCCAGAGCUGCUCUCUGUCCCUGUUGUACAAGAGGAACCCACUCCCAUUGUCACGCCCUCCCUUCUUCAGAUGGUCAAGCUGCGGUCUGUCAAUAGCAGCCCUGAGCCUCCCAAAGCUCAAGAACAUGCCCAGGCUGAGGUCACCAUGAUGACUGAGCAGCCCAACAAUCAGGUGCCAGGUCCAUCUGCCAGUGGUGAGGCUCCUCAGAAACCCAUAAGACGAUCUCUGAUCAUGACAUCUCCCACAUCCACUUCUCCACCUGUCACAAUCCCAUCAGAGCCAACUCUGCCCAAGUCCCAGUCUGCUGUGAUCUCAACCGCAUCUUCAGCCACAGUCCUCUCACCUAUGCCCAAAAAGUCUCCUCCUGCCACGACCACCUCACCUUCCAUGAACCUACAGGAGGCCAUCCGCCUGAGGACAGCAGCCAGAUCAAAAGACAGCCCUGCAUCUCGCCUCAGCCUGCACUCACCUACAUCACCAGUAGACUCCCGAAAGUCCCCCUCCAGCACAGCCAGCUUUAUCUUCUCUAAGAGCAACAACAAGGCAGUGAUAGAGACCAAGCCUACAGUGGAAUUGACAGAAACCUCACAGAAAAACCCAGAUGUUUCCUCUGUAACAAAGGGAGUCAAGAUGCCACCGCCUGUUGCGAAGAAACCCAAAACAAAGGCCAAAGAGAUGGAGACCAGUGAAGGGGCGGAGCAAACUGCAGGACAGGAAGCACAGCCAGAGAGUGUUGGGGAUACUUCAGAGAAAACAAACAUGACAGCAGCAGGUUCUGUUGAAGGAGGAGCCACAUGAUGGUAUUGACUGAAGACAAUGACCUGGGAAGGACCUACCAGUAACACUGACUUUGCUGCAAGUUGGUGUUCACGUGAGAGACAAGAAACUGGAUUUUUUCAGAAAUGGGAUUUAAAUCUGAUGUUUAUGGUGUGGGUAUUAAUUUUCUAAAGUAUGUAUUUUGCAUUUUACUAAGCGUAAAUACAGUAUAAUUUUGCCAGAUGGUCCUCUGAGCUUUACUGUUGCAAAAGAUGGGAAUAUACUGCCCUCUAGUGUCUAAAAAUGAUUGUACCACUUACGUCCUGCUGAAUCAGAGCUUGUAGUCAAUGAUCUUGACAAUGGGACUUUUGGGGGCUCAUCUGUAAAUAUAGCAUACAUUUGUAAAUUCAACAGUAAUGAUGAGUUCUGCUGUUUUCCCAAAGGAGUUUCUGCACCAUUUAUAUAUAAUUAUCAAAGUAUAAUGAUCUUAAGUUAUUUUUCUUUCAUGCUCAGAGGAUGGUCUUAACAGACAUUGAUGUCUGUCAUUAAUCAAUUUAUAUAUAAAUUCAUGUUUUCUGGAAAAUCCCACAUCAUUCUUUGUUUCAAGACUUUGCAUGAACACAACCAUUAAUGUAAAUCAUUUUCACAAACAAUGAGCAUACAUGUCAAGUUAUAUUAAAAAUAAUUAUUUUGGAGCAUUUUUUCUGCUGCUUUUAGUUACUGAUAAUGGGGGGGGGGGCUUGGCCUUUCCUCAUAGUUGUUGCUCCAACAAUGGUAUAUUUCUGUGUUUCAGUUUAAUAUAUUUCAAACUGGUUUCAGAGACUAAUGUAAUAAAUGAUUUAUAAAAGAAUAAAGAUCUAUGGAGAGAUGAAAUUGG